CUCGUGUGCAAGGUGCAUGCAUGGGCUGGGUUCCAUUGCAUCGCACACUCCCCGAGCGAGCUCUCAGCUGCAUAUGAUUGCGUCUCUCUGCUCCAGCUCCAGCUCCUCUCGUCUCUCUCGAUCUGCUGCGCGCCUGCCUGCAUCGAGCAUUUGAGCCAAUCUUGCGAUUAUGUUGAGGAAGAGAGCUAAGCCGGGCAGUGGAGAGAGCAGCGAGCAGCGGCGCGAGCUGGCUGCGUUUGAUGAUCACGGCCACGGCGGCGCCAUUUCGGCUUUGUUCGUGGCUUCCUCCGGCGAGGCGUCGCCGGAGCGGCAGCCGGAGGCCGUGCUGAUGAUGACGAGCCCCACGUCCACGCUGCAGACGGCCAGCGGCGCGACGUCCCCGGCCGCCGCCGUCACGUGUGGUAGCGGCCGCGGUGCUGCCAGCGGCAGCACGGCCGUCCCGUUCUCCCGCCGCCGCAACGACGGCGCCGGCCGUGGCGGGCGGUGCAAGAGCCACCGCCCUUGGGACGCGAGGCCCGUCGGGCUCGGGCUCGUCGGCGCCCUGAACGACGACGCAGAGGAGGGCGUGUACGCACCCGACGACGUCAGUUCCGCCGCUGCGGCGUCGUCGUCGUCGUCGUCGUCUGCCUCUGCCUCUGCCAUGACCGGGCAGAGGCCCCGGGCCCAGACGAACUACUACACGCCGUGGUCGCCGUCGCCCGUGGAGUUCCGCGUCAACAGCAGCAGCGGCAGGGGCUGCGCCGGCGCGGCCGCGGCUGUCGAUCAGCAGGCGCCUCCUCGCCGCCGGUGCAUGUCGCCGGGGGAGAUGGAGAUGUCGGAGGACUACACCUGCGUCAUCGCUCGCGGGCCCAACCCGAGGACGACGCACAUAUUCGACAACCGCGUCGUCCGGAGCUCCGGCGCGUGCUUCCCGGCGGAGAUCUGGCUGCCGAGCGCCGGCAAGGACGACGGCUUCCUGCGCUACUGCCAUGGCUGCAGCAAGGACCUUGGCCUAGGCAAGGACAUCUUCAUGUACAGGGGCGAGAAGGCCUUCUGCAGCCGGGAAUGCCGGCACCAUGAGAUGCUGUUCGACGAGGGCAUCGAAGAACUCUGACACAGAUCGAUCGACUCUCCAGCUCCAGAUUUUUUUCUUCUUUUUUUGUAAUCUCCAACGUUGUUAAGUUCAGUCAGGCAGGUUAAUUUUCAGACGUUGAAGAAGAAGGUCGAUCGGUGCAUAUGAUCCUGACAAUACCUGGAUGGAUGCAUCCUCAUUUCCAAAUGGCAAAUGUUCAUAAGAUUUGGUCUUUGUCAGGAUCAUCUUAUCUGCUCCCUUUUCUUGUGUAUUGUAGUGUGGUAGCUCACCAGGUGAAAAUGCAGUUAGCAAUUACCAGGAGCUAGUGUUCAGAGUUCAGAUCAAUGUUGCCUUCAGAGAUUUGGCCCUGUUUUGAUUUUAAAAUAUGUCAAAACUUCAGAGUGAGACAUUUGGUGGUGUCUCAUGCUACUGUUGCGUUCCA